AUGAUUCUUCUUUUACUCCAACUUUCAUUCAUUUUUUUCUUUCAUUUCCCCUUAUAUCUAAGUUUUCUCUUUCUUCAUUUAUUUGUCAGUUGUUUUUUUUCUUUUUUUCUUUCUUUAGUAUUUGUCAAUUUUUUUUUUACCAUUCUUCUUUUUGGACAUUUUCCCGGGAAUUUUGUACAUUUGAUUUUUUUAUUAUUUUUCACUUCUCUAUUUUUUUUUAUAUUUUUAUUUAUUUUCAUAUUCGAUUUCCUGAUUCUUUUUUUUAAUUUCAUUGCUUUGUUUUAUCAAUUUGGCUUCCUUUUUUCCUCAUAUAUUUGUUUCUUUCUUUCAACAUUUUUUUACGAUUUUGUUUUCUUUUCGUUGUUUGUUUCUCCAUUUUCUUUCAUUUUUUUUUUAUUUUUCCUUUAUCCCAACUUCUUUCUUUCUUUCAUUUUUACUCUCGUUUCAUUCCACUUUCUCCUUUUAUGUUUUUCUUCCUUUUUUAUUUUUUUUCUUUAUUUAUUUCAGGAUUUGCAUUUUUUGUUCUUUUUAUAUAUUUAUUUCUUUUCUUUUUCUAUUUUUACUUCUGUCUAUCUAUCUAUCAGUUCAUCAUCUAUCUAUCUAAGAGGAUAUAUAUGUUAUUAUAUUAAUGGCCUAUCUAUCUAUCUAUCUAUCUAUCUAUCUAUCUAUCUAUGUGGAUAUGUUAUUUUGUUAUCUAUCUAUCUAUGCUGA